AUGCUCACCCUUCGCCCAGCAGGCUUCAGCAUUUUUGACACCAUCAUCACUCUGCAAAUUCUCAAGAGACAUCUUCAUCAAAAUGAAAUGUCAUUCACAACAAACUGGGCUUUGCUCAACCCAGCUGAUAAGCAGGACAUACCAAAGGCCAUUGAACUACUGAAAGCCAUCUGGGAUCUUCCCUUAAUUACCAACAAUAAGGAUCCAAUCUGGACAGCCCAGCGCUACGCUCUCCACCUCUUUGGCCGGGUCUGUUUCUGGUUUGUGCAACUGUAUAUUGACAUCACACUCAGUCUUCAGCAGCAACUUGGACAUCUCAGUGCUGCUGCACAAUUGCUCCUGAUCCUCUUCCAGGAAAAUCCAAAUAAGGGACAAUUCAUGCCAACACAACUCUACAUUGACAUUCAGAUUGCCAUCAAGAAUCUAUCAACCCGAUUAUUGCAUGUCACUGAAAUUCAAAACAUACUUGCUCACCAUCCAGAAUGGGACCGGAGCCCACAGCAUUUGAGGUUACCAUCCCUUCAAGAACUGGAAAAGGAAUCACAGCAUAUUGACCAUAUCACACCUGGACUCUGGAAGGGGAGGGAGGAUGAUGUCAGAGAUGCAACAGCAAUCUCGUUGUUGGGGUCAAAUAUGGAUGCUCCAGAAAUUGAAGCCGGUAUGAUCAGUGGGGCAGAAGACAUGGUGAUGAAUCCUAUAGGAGAUGGACCUAAUGCUGGGCUGGAUUUGGAGGAUAUACUUGGGGCCAUAACCAAUGACUAUAGGGUCCCUUUGCCCUAUCUCUCAAUCCAUGAUGAGAAAACUGGGGAAGAGAAGACAAUUCACAAAGCACAGGCGUUGAAAGCCCUGUUCCAAAGUAUUGUCCAUCAAAAAGGAUCCCUAGAUCAACAGAAGCAAAUUGCUGGACUCACCCAAUUCUCAGUUACACCUACUGGUACAAUAAGUGACAUCGAUGCCAACGACACUAUCUUUGGUGACAGCAUUUGCAUUGGGGAUCCAGCUGUGACUCUCAUUAAUGUCGAGAAUAUCCCAUUCCUGGCUGUGGUUCAGAUUUCGGCUUUGAAGAUCGAUGGGCAAGGAACACAAGCCAUACCUUUGACAGUACUCUCUGAGCACGUUGUCAAAGUUAGUUUCCACAUUCUCACAUUGAAAGUGAGACAAUCUGUGAGGGUGACAAGGAUUGGCUAUGGAAGGACUGGAAAUUAG